CUGGUUUGAUCUUCCCAGUGUCCGCAUGUGGCUUACGUACAGAAGUACAUUGUGAAGAAUUAUUUCUACUAUUACCUGUUCAGAUUUUCAGCCGCUCUGGGUCAAGAAGUGUUCUACAUCACAUUCCUCCCGUUCACUCACUGGAACAUCGAUCCUUUCUUAUCCAGGAGGCUGGUCAUCAUAUGGGUUUUGGUGAUGUAUGUGGGCCAGGUGGCCAAGGAUAUCUUGAAGUGGCCCCGCCCAUUCUCACCUCCUGUGGUAAAGCUGGAAAAGAGGAUCAUGGCUGAGUUCGGGAUGCCGUCUACCCACGCCAUGGCGGCCACUGCUAUUUCCUUCACGCUCCUCAUCUCAACAAUGGACAGGUACCAGUACCCUUUCGCCCUGGGCCUGGUGCUGGCCGUGGUGUUCUCCGCCUUGGUGUGUCUCAGCCGACUCUACACCGGGAUGCACACCGUGCUGGACGUGCUGGGCGGCAUCCUCAUCACCGUGGUCCUCAUCGUCCUCACCUUCCCCGCCUGGACUCUCAUCGACAGCCUGGACUCCGCCAGCCCGCUCUUCCCCGUGUGUGUCAUAGUGGUCCCGUUCUUCCUGUGUUACAACUACCCCGUGUCUGAUUACUACAGCCCCACCAGGGCGGACACCACCACCAUCAUGGCGGCCGGGGCGGGGGUCACCAUCGGAUUCUGGAUCAACCAUUUUUUCCAGCUCGUGUCUGAGCCCACCCAGGCCCUCCCCGUCUUGCAAAACAUCCCCCCGCUCACCACCGACAUGGUCGUUUUGGGCCUGACCAAAUUUGCUGUGGGCAUCGUGCUGAUCCUCUUGGUCCGACAGCUCGUGCAGAAUCUCUCCCUGCAAGUGUUGUAUUCGUGGUUCAGGGUGGUCGCCAGGAACAAGGAGGCCCGGCGGAGGCUGGAGAUCGAAGUGCCUUACAAGUUUGUCACCUACACGUCUGUUGGCAUCUGUGCCACGACCUUCGUGCCAAUGCUGCACAGGUUUUUGGGAUUGCUCUGAGCCUCUGAUGGUUGCAGAUGAGGCCACUGGACAUGAGACAGAUACCGGGAUGUUGGGUGGGUGGGCAAUCCUUGCCAACUCUUUUUUUUUUUUUUAAGUCCUAUGUCACACGUUCGUUUUGCUGACAUCUGAGAAAAAUCCUGCUGCUACACGGAAUGAAAGUUGUCUCGCAGGGUGAGUGGUCAGUGAGGGCCGUGCUGCUCACUGAAGCCACAGUCAAGCUCUCUAAGCAUCCCCCACCCUGUCUGUUACUCCGACUUUGGCCCCAGCCAGGGGCCGGCAGGAAUGUGACUUGGCCUAGGAGCAGCCCCCCAGACCCACUGGGUUCUGGAGAGCCAUGACGAUGGGGGCCAGAGGCCAAGCCUUUCUGUUCAGCUAUCACCUUGCCCAGUCCUGAGUCUCGUUUCCCAAAUGGAGCUCUGGUGCGGGACACGGGACGCACCUGGAAACACAUUCCUUGGACGGGAUGUUUCUUUCACUAUGGUCGAGUGAGACUGUGCUGCUGAGGGCCACAGCAUGAGUCUGAGUCGGAGGAAGACGCCACUCCCUGUGAGCCUGUCCCUGCGGGCACCCUCGUGGGAUCUGGGGUCUCCUCUUCCUUGUUUGUCUGUUUCACAGGAUUCCAGGUACCACGUCUACACUCCUGAGCCGUGAGAUCAAAUGGCUGAUCCCCCCCUCCCCAGUGCUGCAGGGGUCUCCCCUCCUCCACAGCAGGUACCUCUGGGCCUCGGUGUCUGAUUCUCCUGUUCACUGUGACUCGGGACAAGCCCUCUGCCCAUUUUCAGUGUCUCUUCCUCCCGUGCAAACUUGGAGGCGCGUUGCCCGCUCAGCGGAUGGAUCAGAGAGCAGGUGAAAUUCAUCCUCACUGAGGCUUGCCAAAGCGCCGGAAUAAACCCCUCAGAAACAGUCCCAGGAAUUUCCGUUGCUUUCUGUACAUCAGUUUUCUCAUCUACGGAAUAGAUAUCUUUCCACAUCUGAUCCCUUAGCAAUUUUAAGGGUAAUUAACUCAAGACCAACUUCAGGUUCUCUUGGGAAUACAAGCCAAUCGCAUGCAACACGCUCUACACCUUGUGUCCUCAUUGGCCCUGGGAGGGCCAUCAGCAUCAAACAGGAGGCCUCCCUCCAAGGGCGGCUCUUCAGUUCUUAACAAUAAGGAACAGGUAUCAUGAUUUUCCUAAAAGUUAGUGUAAAUACGUAGUUCAGGAUGUAUCUGUUGCAUCCAGUGUCUGAGCCACGGAAACCAAUGAUUAUAACCAUAACACCCCAUCUCCAAGCACACACUUGUGGGGAGAGUAGCCUGCCUUGAAAAUUAGGGCUUUGCUUCUGCCUCCAGAGUGGUUUGUCCGGAUCUUGAAUAUGCACCUGGCCUUUUGUUUGACUUAGUGCCCCAGUUUCUUGAGAAGAAUGAUUUUUAGUAAAACAUCCUGUUUUUCCUUCAAGAUUUCCUCAUGCUUUUCAUACCUAGAAGGCAGGAAUUAAAGCAGCCUGCUCUUUGACUGUCUCCACAUCAAAUUCGGGGUGUGGGAGCAGCGAGGGGGCACAGGGUGCUAAUGAGUAGCCCUACCUUAGGGCCCCACCAACCCCAGGCUGAGGCACUUCCCUGUAACUCCUCCCAGCACCCUGCUAAACCAGAGAUCAGAGACAGGGUCACGUUGACCCAAAAGGAUUUGAUUUGAUUUUUCUGAAACCAACCACCUGGAAUAUUUUGUUUGCUAGUUUUUUGAGCAAGGGGCUUAAAUUAUUGUCACAGCAAUGGCUAUUAGCAGUUCGUGUGUGUGUGUGUGUGUGUGUGUGUGUGUGUGAGAAAUUUUUACUGCUGUCCCUUUUUUAAAUGGCAAAUAUUGGAAGGUCAGUCAGCUGCACUGUUGUAUUUAAAGCCGAAUGUACACAGUAUAGAGGAUGAAUAUAGGAGCCAGGAUACAUUAAAGACUGGCCCAAGGAUUUGCACGAUCUGGUCACUUCUUAAAAGUAUCUUAUUCCAACCAGUGGAAGAAUAAAAGUAAAUAUCAACAAAGCCAAACUCAGCUUUUGAGCCCUCCUGCUGUUUGGCCUGGAACCAGGUGGAAUCUGACAGUAAAGUCAUGAUUCCCAACCAGAUUCCAGCUUCUGUUCUGCCAGCUGCCAGCCUCUCUCCACAGCACUAUGGGACUAAACUCAGGUCCUGCGCCACCCUCCCUCACGCCUCACACCCUUACUUCCAAGCUCACCCUUCCUGCACCUUGGAGAGCUGGAUUUUCUCUCUGGGGAAAGACUGCCCCCUGCUGGUGGAGCCUCGGGCUUGGUCCUGGAGUGUGUGAGAUACAGAAGAACCUGAAAGUCAAGCUCAGCAGCUGGAUCUGGUAUAAAAGCUCAGCACCUAAGGUCUAGCAAACCCGGCAUUUGGGAACUAACAAGCUCUGAGGAUUUUCGGGUCUCCAGGAACUGGGCAGGCAGACGUGCCCUCUUCCUAGCAGUGUUCAUCCUGCCCCGACCCACCUGCCAUCAAGGCCAGGUCGUCCAUCCUACAGCCUUCAUUUGAAACCGCUCUCACUGCGUGACAAUUUUGCCCAAACCUGUAUCGCAUCGGAAAACGCUGACAAAGGGAACGCAGACGGGAUCCCUGAACAAACGCCCCUAAAGGACAGUGGCUAAGCUGCCUGGUGGCCGCCCUGCCACUUCAGAGGGUCUCGGGGCAGCUUGUGCUUCCCAAGUGUAAUCAAACCACGUGGUGGUUCGGGCCCUGUGCCCUGGGUUUCUCUUUUGGAAGCUUUCAGCUGUCUUAUGUACCAUAUGUAAAUGCAUUCAUUUUAAAAUGAAACCACUUUUUUGUUUGAUUAGGACAUCUCAUUAAGUGCUUGAAAAGCUAAAGUUCUGCUUCAUUUGAUUUUUUUUUCACCCUCGUCCUUUUUUGGGGAUCCCCCUUGGACUUGAACUGAAGAGAAGGGACAAAAAUAAACAGCUUAUCUAACCCUGCCGUUGUCAUCAUU